AUGUCACUAUUAACUACCACAGACCAAUCAAGGGACCGGGUGCCUGACCCUGCGUUCCUGGCCGAGCUCAUCGCCCAGAACAUAUCCCUCAAAGCCGCCCUCGUUUCAAACCGCCGAGAGCAGCUUACAUCCACUCGCAAUCUCGUUGGCUGUCUUCACGAAAUCGACUUCAUCAAGGGUCAACUCAGGCAAUUGGGAAACGAUGGGCCUACAGCGGCUGCCACCGUGGAGGAAGGGGAUGAGCUAGUUGUUCUCAUACUAGAGGACCUUAUCGAGCUACAGAAUCUGAGGGAUGAUAUCGAAGACCGCAAGGAUACUGCCAGCCGCAAGGUAAUGGCGCUUGAGAAGGAGAUCUUGGAGCUUAGCGAAAAUAUCAACUAUCAGAAGGGCCUGAUUUACAACUCGAAGGAGGAAAAGAAGCAUAGGAAACGGGAUUGCCGUAGGUGUUCCGUCUCCUUUAUUUUUGUCGAGGUUCUUCGUACUGACAUUUAUGCAGAUGAAAUGAUGAAGUCUUAUAAUUAG